AUGAUUCUCCAGCUUCUUUCGUAUGUAGGCAUUCUGGGAGGAUUAAUCGCGCUGGUUUUGACGAUUGCGGCGGGACUGUACUACCUGAGCGAACAGGUCGAGGUGCACACCGUGCUGGCGAAGCGUGUGCUGGUGCGGGUCAUCAUAGCCAUCAUAGCAACGCACGUUCUGCUGGUCCUGCUCGACGGUAUGCCGAUUAUGCGGUCUUUGUUCAGUUUGGGAGUGAACGUGGUGUACUUGCAGACGAUGAAGCGGUUUCCGUCGGUGGAGAUUGCGGGGCCGGCUUUCAUUCUGUCGUGCGUGGGCGCCAUUGGUUCGCACUUUUUAUGGUUUUCCUACUUUAGCGACGACGCCAUCCCGCCGCACUCUAUUCUCAACGAGUACCCGGACUAUCGCGGACAGACGCAUCCUCCGUUUCGGGAAAUUGCAUCGUUUUUUGGGCUCCUGGUCUGGCUGGUGCCGUUCUCGUUAUUCAUCAGUCUCAGUGCUAACGACAAUGUGCUGCCAACGGUGAAUCCCGAAACUGCGUCCCACCGGCGUAAGGGGCUUGCCCGGCAAGUUAUCGAAGAUGCCUGGCACCGCAUUGCCCAGGCAGCCCGAGCGUGCGGUAUUGAUAUGAGUAGUCCCAAAGACGUUAUUGUAUAG